GAGGAAGACAAAGCGGAAGUAAAUGUGCUCCGUUUCCUGGGUGAAGAUGCCGGCAUGUAAAUAAACAUGUGUGAAUGACUUUGAAAGCUUUUACCGCUCAAGACGGCUCAUCACCGCAUAACAAACAUAUCAAAGGAUGGCUUCUGCACGCGUGGGACUGUGCGCUCGACGCAGCAUCAUCUCUGGAUUUGAUGGCCGCGGCUACUCCACGUUCAGCAAAGCCUCCAACCAGCAGGAGCAAAGCAGCAGCCUCCCAGUGUUUCAGUAUGUGGGCCAGCACAAGAAGCCCAGCCACAAAGUGUUCGUGUGGGGCUUCAGCUUCACCGGAGCGCUCGGUAUUCCCAGCUUCGUCGUGCCGGACAGCGGCCGCAAGAAGCCUCGCAAAUUCCAGCUGACGCCUUACAGACUGGAGACCGCAGAGCAGAUCUCCUCAGCAGCUUGUGGUUACGGCUUCACCCUCAUCGCCUCCUCCACCAAAGACGUCACCAAGCUGUGGGGCAUGGGCCUGAACAAGGACUCUCAGCUGGGAUUUCAGCGCACGCAGCACAGCCGAGACGAGAGCUACGACUACGUGCUGGAGCCAUCGCCCGUGGCACUGCCCCUCGCCGAGCCCCUGCGGACCCGAGUGGUUCAGGUGUCAUGUGGCCGGGCUCACUCUCUGGUGCUUACCGAUCAGGAGGGAGUGUUCAGCAUGGGCAAUAAUUCCUAUGGACAAUGUGGACGACGUAUAGUGGAGGACGAAGCCUACAGCGGCAGUCACAUGCUUCACAAGAUGGAGGGUGUGGGCGGCAGCAAGGUGGUCCAAGUGGCCUGUGGUCAGGACCAUAGCCUCUUCCUUACGGAGGGGGGCCAGGUGUACGCUUGUGGGUGGGGAGCGGAUGGACAGACGGGUGUGGGACACCACAAUGUGUCCUCCACGCCCACCCAGGUGGCGGGGGACCUGGCGGGGGUGGCGGUGCAGCAGGUCAGCACCUACGGAGACUGCAGUCUGGCCGUGUCCAAAGACGGACAGCUGUACGGGUGGGGCAACUCGGAAUACCGCCAGCUGGCCUCUGUCACCGAGGCCACGCAGAUCAACAUUCCUCGUCAUGUCCCACUCGGAGGCUGUGGGAAGGUGGUGCAGGCGGCAUGCGGGGGCACGCAGGUGGCCAUCCUCAACGAGAGAGGCGAAGUGUUCGUUUGGGGAUACGGGAUUCUGGGAAAAGGCCCCAAGCUGUCGGAAUCCUCCACUCCUGAGAUGAUUCCACCCACGCUGUUUGGACGCUCUGACUUUAACCCCUCGGUCGGCGUCACCAAGAUCCGAUGCGGUCUCAGUCACUUUGCAGCUGUGACGGAUCGCGGCGAGCUCUUUGUGUGGGGGAAGAAUGUCCGAGGUUGUUUGGGCAUUGGCAAAAGAGACGACCAGUUCUUCCCAUGGCGUGUGACCGUCCCGGGUCAUGUGGUGGACGUAGCGUGCGGUGUGGACCACAUGGUGGCGCUGGUCAAGUCCCUUCUUUGACGCCUGAGAUGAAAGGAGCACGACUCACCAGGAUGAAGUCCGUCUGAUACGUGGACAGCAUGAACACUGAGAUGUUGUGGUCGGCCAGCGGUGCAAUGACUGACUUGGCUAUCUUGGUGACACCGAUGGGCUGCGAGGUGGAGGCGUUGCCGCCACCCGACACCACGUUGAGUGCCAACCACGUGGCAUCGGCGACGCUGAUGUGCUCCGACUCUGGCAGCUCUGGGGAACGAAAGGGACCCAUGAAACACAGCAUUGCUGCAUUACCAGUAAUGGUUUGUAUGUCCAUAGAGUCUGUUUUUUAUAAAAAUACAUCAUCUCCAUGUCUUCGUUUACUUCACUUUUUGAAAUUCCAGCAUGAAAGGACAAAGGCUUCGCUACACAUCUGAAAAUAAAUAAAUCCAUCCCUUUUCCAUGCCACUUGUCCUCACUAGGGUACAGGUAUGCUGGAGCCUAUCCCGGCUGACUUCGGGCAAGAAGCGGGGUACACCCUGGACUGGUCGCCAGCCAAUCACAGGGCAGCUUCUGUUGCAAUAGAGUGUGUUAGCAUGUUAGCACUGUAGCCAAUGUCCAUUUGUGAUAGGGAUUUGAACUUACAAUCGUGACUACACGUCUCUCUCUUUCCUGCAUGUUCUAGCAUGUGACGGGACACACCUAUUUCAACUAUAAAGCUUGAAAAAAAAACACAAACAAAACAACAACAAUGUUGUAUUUACUUAACUGUAAACCAAGCUACUGCAACAUUAUUAUAGCAGCUAACACAAAUAUCUACUUUCUGGUGUAGUGCAGCAGAAACACUUGUUUCUAUUGCUCUCUGGUUCUACCAUAUCUUACUUAUUGUGUGGAAAUAUGGGCUAAUAACUAUAAAAGCAAUCUUCACUCGCUAAAUGUACUGCAAAAAAAGUCAGUAAGGAUAAUUCAUAAUGCCGCCUACACCAACUACUAACUCCUUAUUUCUAAAAUCACAAAUACUUCAACUUGCUGAUAUAGUUCAUCUUCAAACAGCUAAAAUAAUGCAUAAGGCUAAAAAUAAGCAAUUAGCUAAAAAUGUCAUCCAAUACUUCUCUACAAGAGAGGAGAAAUAUGAUCUCAGGGAAGAAGUACAUUUGAAACACUUCUAUGCUAGGACUACGUUAUGCUAGCCAUAGCAUUUCAGUAUGUGGAAUCAAACUAUGGAAUGGAUUGAGUAAGGAAAUCAAACAAUGCACAACGAUGAGCCAAUUCAAGAAACAAUACAAGCAGUUGAUGUUUGCUAAAUACAAGGAUGAAGAGUCUUGAACCAGUCAUGAUGUGCUAUAUAUAUCACUAUAUUGACAUGCACUAUGGUACCCAUUAUGGCAUUGGAUGCUCAUAUCACCGAGUACUUCCAUACAAGGUACAUUAUUUAAAAAAAAAACCUUAAACUGUAUUAUGGAAAGCAGGAAGUGAACAAAUGUAACAGUUAGUGAUUGUAAAAGUACCAGAUGGAGGGGUAGGAUUUAAUAAGCUUUGCUUCUUCCUACUCCUUUUGGACAUGUGGAACUGGGAACUGAUUA